GUUGUUAAGGUUAAAUUUGUGCUAGGUUAGUGAUAGGCUCGAGUUUGAAAAUGAGUUUAUUAAAUGUAGAAAUGACGAAUUUGUACUUAACCUAAUACACUUUACACAGUUUGGUCUAACAUAUUUGUUGAAGCAAGUAUAUCCUAACUUGAAUAGGCUAGGUAGGAUAAAUUAACUCUAAGCAGUUUUUAGGCAGGUCUUGCACACUCUCUUUUUAAACCAUAGGCUAUUUUAAACUUUUAAGUGAACUUUAAUUUGAUGAUAAAUUAGUUAAAAUUAUUUUAGUGUCCUAUAGUUUUGACUAACACGAAAGAUCACAAGUAACAUUAUGGGGGAAACAAUAACAAGAGGUGAAUUAGUAGGCUUGUUUGUCAAAAUAUCCCUAAUUAGUGUUGCCUCAUACUUCAGUAUGAGAUGGAUGUUAAAUCAAAUAGAUCCAACCAGAAAGCAAAAGAAGAGUGCUAAAUCCAAAGCACAACAGCAGCUUAAAAAGCUGGGAAUCCUGAACCCAUCAACACUUUCUGAGUAUGAAAUAGUUAUAGCAAGUCAUCUUGUCAUCCCAAGUGAAAUACAAAUAUCCUGGGAGGAUAUUGCGGGUUUGGAAGACGUUAUACAGGAGCUCAAAGAGACCGUCAUUCUACCUAUUCAGCGCAAAGAUCUAUUCACUUCUUCCCAACUGACAAGGGCACCUAAAGGUAUUCUGCUGCACGGACCACCUGGCUGUGGUAAGACACUGAUCGCCAAGGCAACGGCUCGCGAGGCUGGCACACGCUUCAUCAACCUGGACGUGUCAAUGUUGACGGAUAAGUGGUAUGGGGAGAGUCAGAAGCUAGCAGGAGCUGUGUUCUCUCUGGCCAUCAAGCUGCAACCCUGCAUCAUCUUUAUCGAUGAAAUCGAUUCGUUCCUGAGGGCGCGCAGCUCACACGACCACGAGGCCACGGCUAUGAUGAAGGCUCAGUUCAUGGCUCUGUGGGACGGACUCACCUCAGACCCAGAUUGUACUGUCAUCAUCAUGGGAGCCACAAACAGGCCUCAAGACUUGGACAAGGCUAUACUGCGCCGUAUGCCAGCUACCUUCCACAUUGGUCUGCCGAAAUUGAACCAACGGGUGGCCAUCUUCUCAUUGAUAAUGGAGGGAGAGCCGACAGCGAGUGACGUAGACAUUCAGAAGCUGGCUCGCAUGACGGAUGGCUUCUCUGGCUCUGAUAUACGCGAGCUCUGUCGCAAUGCUUCUGUCUACCGCGUCAGAGACUACAUGCGUACAGGAACUGGUUCCAGAACUAUUGAUGGAGACGGUGAAGAAUUCCAUGACGCUCUUCGCCCCAUUACAAUGGAGGACUUGACCCUCUCAUUAGAAAAGAUGAAGAAAUCCCGAGCUCAUUGCGGACCUCCUAGUCUAGUAAACAUACCUCUUGACUAAGUCCCUAGUCCUCUCUGCACUUGUAAAUUAUUAUUUUUAUUUCUUUGAAACAAAGAAAUACUUUUAACAUUCUGAAAUGUUAAUUUUGGGAAGAAGACACUACGACUUGAAGUGUUAUCGGUUUUGUUUUUCAGUUCUGUUGUACAUAAUUUUAGAUAGAGGAAGUCUAGACUAUAGGGUAGUUGUUGCAAUCAAUUGAUGUUUUUGUGUUUUUGUCUUCCCUCUUUGUCUUGAUCCACCAUAAGUAAAGGAGAACUCCAACUAUCCGAAUCUAAUUGGGGGGUAACUACCAGAAUUUAGAGUUUUGUUUUACAGAAAAUAGGACUAGUCGAGCCGAGCUUUACUAUUGCUGUUACAUCUGAGAAGAUUUUGCAAUAGAAAAAUCCAGCCACGGUGGGCGAUUAUGAUUUUCCGUAAACAUGGGAGGCGAGAAAGAAGUCUAAAAGACCGAGCAAGAACAAGAUUUUGCCGUAAUUGUAGAAAAUUACGUCGACGUUUCUGUGAUCGCGGGAGACGAUGUCCACACGACCGCAAUUGAGGUUUUGGAUUUUACCAUGAUCACGGCUUCUGCCUUCUGCAAUAACAAUUCUAUGUUUAAGUAUUUAAAUUCUUUCUGUAAGCUAAGUUAUUCGGAUAAUCGGCAAUUCAGAUAAUUGGAGUUCUAUUGUAGUGUGCCAAUGCUGUUGUUUUUGGAAAUCAGUGACAACUGUUUAGGGUUUACUACUAAAUGAGCACAAUUUCAUCCCAGUAUAUUGAUUAUUUACGUUUACAAUGUUCGUAGAUUCCGUUUUGAAUAAGUUAAGCAUGUGGAGUAACCCACUAACUUUUAUUAAACACUCGAUUCAGAUAUAAAAUCAAGCUAAAAAAAUAUUUCUGAAGUAAAAUUACUGUAGGCUAUGUGUAAAUUGUAAAUCAUUUGGUAAAACUAUGAUUUUAGUUUGAGAAACUGUGAUAACAAAUGUAUGUGUACUGUCUUAAAUAUGUUUUAUACUUUCAAUAAAUUGUACUUCUGUUUUAAUUUGCAUGUAAAAAUAUAACUUUUAAAAGAAAAUCCAUUGACAAUUUAGAUCACAAACUAACAAAUACAUUAAAAUUAAAGAGUUGAAUAAGAAUUUGCACAUGGUUUUCCAUGCAUGAAAACAACCAAUUUUCCAGAAAAAUAAAAUAAUAACUAUUUAAUAUUAAAUAAUUGUAGUACUGAAAUCUGAAUAUGUGUUACUCUUCUCUAAUAUGACCUUUCCAUGAUUGAGGGAUGGGAGAUUGUUAUAAGUAUAAGACAGUGUUGCUACAAAUAUGUGGGUGUAAUAUAGUGUUUAAUAGUAAUCUCAAAAUCAAAGAAUCUGUAUAUAAUUACGUUAAGUGAAUUUUUGCGUCAAAAUUGUGGAGGACUGGGAUGUUGUAGAACGACGGGAGAGGGCUCAAAUUAAAGGUAUUCAAAUGACGACAGGAAAAAUAGUGAAAAUCCCCAAAUGUUUAUAGAAAAUUAGAUAUACCGGUAACGUAACAUGUUCUCCAUAAGAAUAGCAUUAGAAGCCAUUUACAUCCGAUUUUAGUUUACUUCAACACAGCUGAUUGUAAUUCAUCAUUUAAGCCAGUACGCAAGAGUUGGGAAUUUGCCAAUUAUUAGCUUUUGUAAACUAUAAAUAAUAAUAAAAAAACAUUUAAAAUGUUUUCAAACAAAAUGAUAAUGUAUCCUUUGAAUGAAAAACCUUACAAUUUAUGUUAUUAACAAUUAACUACUUAAAAAUAUGGACAAAGAAGCAAAUGAAUACUUCAGUGUGGUCUAAACUAUGAACUCGCUGAACAUUUAAAUAGGCCUAUUAUUAUACAAUUCGAACAUGUAAAGUCAAUCGCAUCUUUAGGAGGAAUACCACCACAUAGAAACUUAUACUUAGAGUAGUUUUUUUUUUAUGUCGAUAAAAAACAUAUCUAGCGUUACGUUUAGUCGAUGGGAUGCCUUUACACUAAUUUUGUUAACCUUUACAAAAUGGUAUAAAAUUACUAGAAACUUUCAUUGGGUUGGGGUACUAAUUUUGCGGUUUUUACCAAGAGCUAAUCUUAUCCCAACACACAUGUCAUAUUUCACGAAGACAAACACUAUUCACAAACCAGUAGGUUGUUUGUUGCCUUUGACCUAGAACCUGUUGUUAAACCUCUAGAAUGAAUGAAAUUAUAUAUUGAAAAUAACAUCAACAAAAGCAAUCAAAGAGACUGUUUUUUAUACAAAAGAUAAUGGAGUACAAUGAUAUCCAUCCUGAAACAUAGAUAAUCUUAUUCUGCUUUUGUUUGAAUAUUAAAAUAAUUUGUUUUAAACUUGAACUUUUUAGGGACUUAAGCCCUACAAGCCCCUAGUUAUAUAAGAAUUAUUUGGACAAAUCAACUCUAACUUGACAUAGCUGUGCUAUUCCUCCGCAGUUAUUUCACUAUAAGUCAAGUGUUAACUAUGAGUGUGUAAUAAUAUUGGUAAUAAUAAUAAUAAUUACAUACUGUAUAACAUUGGUUCAUAAAAUCUAUUUCAGUUAUUCCAUCAACAAGAUAGGAACAAAGUAAAUAUAUCUAGAAAUCUUUCAUUGUACUUACUUCAGUUACUUCGCUACCAAGUAUUAAAAAAAAAUCCUACAGCAGGUAUUUUUGUAAAACCUAUUUAAGAUUAUGAUUUGUUUGUAGCCACUGAGGUAGAAAUACAACUUGAAGCAGCACUGACACGAAAACUAUAAUUGAAAAUCUAGACGUAAUUUUGUUAGGUUGAUACCACCAACUACAGCAGAAAUCAGCUCAUUGGCUCAUGGCUUUACGUAUGUACAAUCCCACUAUCCCCUAGUUCAAAUGUACUCAGUAAAAUGUAUUUUAUCCUCUAGUACAAGUGCCGGCCAAUGUCUCAGAAUUCUCUCAUUCAGUGCUACUUCCCGUUGUAUCGCGAGCUCAGUGUUGGUAACACGGUUCUUAGACCUGACAUGUCCAGAAAAAUUUACUUAACCUACAAGUGUUGUUGAAAAUGUUAGUCAGGGAAUGCUUUAAAAGACGUAGAUUUAGAAAUGUAAAUAGCAAAAUCUCGUAAAGUUUUCAGCUUGAGUAUUCAUUGAUGUAUUCUGUACACUAGCUAAGUUAAUUGUAAUGUUAAUUAGUAUUUGAAAUAGAAUAAUAAUUAUUCCCUUGACAUAACAGUUAAAAUAUAUAUAAAUAUUUUGGCCCCUUUAUUGUUAACAAAAUGUGUAUAAAGAUAGUUUACGAAGCAAGUUCAGUUAUUGAGUUAUUGCUUGACUUGUUAUGUUAAAAAUGUUGAAAUUAAGAAGAUUUAGUAGGCGAUAGAUAACUACUCUUGCAAGUGUUUAGAACGGUUUUUAUUUAUUAAUUACUUGUUUGAUUCACCUUACGAAUUCAGUCUUUUAUUAAAAGAUUAUCAAUGGGUUUUAGCGAAUUUCCCUAUAGGGAAGUAGCUAUUACCGUAGGUCUCAUGGUAAGACCUAAGCCCGGGACCGAUUUACUUUUUCAUUUUGAUGUCCCCAGAGGCCAAAAACAC